AUGGACAGCGCAUACAACGAUUUUGCAAAGUGGAGAGGACCAUUCCUGUGCGCUUAUGUCCAGCAGCAUGUUGGCAAGCGGCGCUUGCUAAACAUCAGCUGUGCUGCAAAUAUGCUGGGCGCAUGCAGCGUCGAGUUCUGGUCCCUGCGUCCUCUGUUUCGAUGCAUAGAGCGACGAGAGGCAAAGGCAGGCUGGCCGGUGUCGAUUGGUGUUGGGCUGGAUAGGUAUCUGUGCAUUGGUGGACUCUGUCGUCACCGCGUUGCCCACUGUUCAGAUCCAAAUCUAUUUUGGCGUUGUGCGUUUUGCGGCCUUGGGCAUGUGAAGCUUCCAGUUGUGGUGGCUGAGCACCAAGCUGGGUGA